UCGUCCUCAUUUGAAACGCUCGUUUUUGUUUCCUUUGUUUACAAAGCAAGAAACAGCAAUUCAAUGAGUAAUGCAACUUAUGAGGAAAGCGUGUCCGGUAAUAUCGCGAGGUUAGCCAGUCGGCGUGAAUGUGGCUGCUACUUUCCGCGGGCAGGAAGGACCUAACUCAGCACACUCUUCUGCAAGUGUGCUGAAGACUAUGCAAAGGUUUUACUUAGAACUAAAUUAAAUUUACUUAAUCUCUACCCAACAUCGUUUUAGACGUAGGUCAAAGUUUUAUUUAUACCCCGAAGGGUCUGGAAUACAUGGACGCUAACGUUAGCGCGCUAGUUAAGAGGCAUUUCAGUGAAAAUUAUUCGUAUUUCCCCUGAAAGAAACAAAAUGUCCGCGGAGCACAGAGCAAGCUGGAUACUGACAGGCACCGUGGUCGCUUGUGUCGCCGCUCUGUAUGUGCCUUGUGUGCAGAGGACGGUCCCCGGUGGAGACUCAGGAGAGCUGAUCACCACUGCUUGUGAGCUGGGGGUGGCCCAUCCUCCAGGAUACCCACUCUUCACUCUACUGGCUCACAUGGCUAUGCGUCUGCUGCCCUCACUCUCUCCAGCCCACAGUGUUAACCUGAUGAGUAGCCUCCUGGGGGCUGCAGCUUGUGGUGGCUUCUGCAUUACUGUCUGCAGGUUGGCAGGUCCUGGUCCUGGAGCAGUGCUGGCUGGUGGGCUGUUCGCUGUGUCCAGACUCAGCUGGCAGUGGUCCAUGGUGGCAGAGGUCUUCACCCUCAAUAACCUUUUUAUUGGCCUUCUCUUCUUCUUGACUGCCAGCUUCCGCUGUGCUGAAAAUGCCACGCAGAGGAAGAAGAUUGCAUACUGGGGGGCAUUAUGCUGUGGCUUGGGGCUCUGUAACCAGCACACACUGGUGCUGUAUGUGUUGGUCAUCAUUCCUUGGGUCCUUUACCGACUGUGCUCUCAAAAGGAGCUGUCUUUGCGUGGCCUUGUAUCUCUGGGAUUCUGUUUCCUCGCUGGCUUCCUGCCGUACAUCUACCUGCCGAUUUCAUCCUACCUCAACACAGCCCGCUGGAGCUGGGGUGACCAGACCACCCUGUCGGGUCUGUUGACCCACCUGCUGCGAGCUGAAUAUGGCACAUUCUGUCUGGCAAAGACAGAAAGCUCGGUUAACCUGACCACAAUGCUGCAGGCUCAGUUGGACCACUCCCUGGCAGAACUUUCACUUCCUGUCUUGGUACUGGCAGGAAUGGGCUUUGCGCUCUCUGCAUUGGACAGGAGGUGUCGCUCAGUGUCCUGGCUGCUAACUGUCAUGCUGGUGGUCUACUCGCUGUUUUUUGCAUGGAGAGCCAACCUGGACGUUAGCAGACCCUUACUGCUCGGAGUGGUUGAGCGUUUCUGGCUCCAGAGCGAUGCUGCAGUGUGUGUGCUGGCAGGCCUCGGCUUGAGCCGGACUCUAGCUGGGCUGGAGAGGAGGCUGGGCUAUGGGGGGUUGUGGAAGACCACAGGCUGGGUCUUCACUGCAGCUCUGCUGGCACAUAUGGUGCACACCAAUCACAGGGAGUGUGAUCAGAGUGGGAACACUGUGGUGGAGAGGUUCGGCAGGGAGCUUCUGGCCUCCUUCUCCAAAGACUCAAUCAUCCUGACCAGAGGAGAUCUGCCUGGAAAUUCUCUGCGAUACCUGCACUACUGCCAGGGCGUACGGCCUGAUGUACGCCUGGUUGAUCAGGAGAUGAUGACAUAUGCUUGGUAUGUGGCCAAGCUGGCACAGCACCACCCUGGGAUCCACUUUCCCGGCCGCUGGUGGGACCCGGUCAACCCCGAGGAGAAAGGCACCUUCAGUCUCGAUCAAUUUCUGUCCCGCAACACGCAGAGGGAUGUGUUUGCCUGCAUCGGGCUUCCUGAUGGAGACCUGAGCUGGGAACACAGUUAUUCCCGCUGGCCCCUGGGCGUGUGUGACUACUUAGUGCCCGUUCAGAAGCAGUUUCACCCUGAAGAGUGGGCUCAUCGUACACGCAAUAUCUAUAACUGGAGUGAUCCACACAACAGUUUCCAUCCUGCAUCCUGGGAGCGUGUUGCUAAUGAAGAGAUGUGGCAAGCCAGGAUGAAGACGGCUUUCUUUCUGUUUGACCUGGCUGAAAGGAUGCAGGGAGAGGGAAAAGCUCGCCUCUUUGAGCUGUCUUACACUCUAUAUAAGGAGAUUGUUGAGGCCCACUCCGACUAUCCUCCAAACUGGGACAAGAACCUGGCUCUGGCUUGCGAGAGGCUGCUCUGCUCCGGUCACAGGGGUUACAGUGCAGACAGCCUACUGACCUGCAGUGUCCAGCACUUCAGUCUUUACUUAGAGAAGGACCCCACUGAUCCCCAGGCACCCGCCAUCCGCUCAGCCAUUACUCACCUGCUCCAAGAGAGAGACAGAUUCCGACAGAGCCGGAGGCAAACCCCAUAAGAUCCAUGGAGCUGGAACAAUGGAAAUCAUGGCUGAGCCAAUGUGCCUCUUUGUGUGGUUUUAAGGUGACGCUCUAUGUGGAUCAAGACUGGUGCACUGGUGUUAAGUUUGGCUAAAUGUACUGUGCCAAAUUGGACUUGUAUGUCAGAAUUUGAAAUGAAGGGAAAUGCUGGUGGAUAAGUUCUUGUUUGAAGUUACCAAACAGAGCUAACACUGUGCUACGUCUCAUUUGAUGAAUGUUUACAGUUGACCCGUGGCAGGGCAUGACUUUAGGAAGCCCUGCCUGACCUCAAUCAAGCUCUGCACGCUUCUCUUAAAGUCACCCAUUCAAUUGCUUUAUCGUUACAUCUCGCCCCCCCCCCCCCUUUUUUUUUUUUUUUUUCCCUAUUCUGCUCUCAGAGCUUUUAACGUGCUGAUUAUUCUGCCUCAGCCUCUGCUCUACUUCUUUUUCUCACAUUAGGAUGGCAAGACCGAGAUUGAGGGAAACCCAAUUUGGGGGCAGAAAUGGGGGAUUAGAGCGGCUGUUUAAUCUAGGACAGACUUGUGCUGUGCCACGCAGCCUCACUCCACAUCAGUGGCAGCCCUACACACCCACCCACCCCUCUAUCCUUCCAUCAGUCUAUCUUAGAUGGUCCUUUAAAUGUUUAAAACUAAUGGAUUCGAUGAGUGCUUUUUUACCCCCCUCUCUCUCUCUCUUCCUUCCUAACAUGAGGGCGGUAAUCCCUCUUGGAUUUAAAUGAAAUGUGAAAUGUCACAAUGCCAGGGACCCUUUUAGAGGUGCGUUCGUGCGUGUGCCCAUGUGGGCAUCUAUGUUGAUUUGGGUCUGCAUGUGUGUGAGAACAUGCUUAAAUCUCCACUCAGCCCCCUCUCCUUGCCAGAAUUGCUCAUAAACCUAUUCGAUAAACAGAUCGGCACACUGAAAAGCAAAAUGCUUUGAUCAUUAGAGAGACACAAAGUCAUGGAAAGUUCACGGACAAACGCAGACACGCAAGAUUUUCAAUGCUCGACUCACAGAAAAAUGGAAUCUCAGGUCUGUGAAUGUCGGGAAGAGGUGCCGUCAAACUUAGUCUGACUGGACCAGGGUUGUUUGAAGAACACCCUUGAAGUACGCCUUUGUAUCUGACGCAUCAGUUACACACUGUUUUUAAAAAUGUUAGUGUUGAUGUUAAUGAACCUCGUGCCAUGAAAUUUGUUGUGCAGAGGUCAAAUCAGCAUUUUGCCAUAAGCUUUAUAAAACGUUUCUGAAGAAGCCUGCUGUUUGAGAUACCAGCGGAAAGCGAGGGACAGUGAGUGCAUGUGCAGUUUUCUCCGAAUGUAAUCUGCCCUCUGUGUUCGCAGGCCUGGUUAGCGGCUGUCAGCUGGCUGGAUGAUGAGGUUCGACCUGCUGUAGCGCAGAUGGUUUGGUUUCACAUAAAAACAACGGGGAAACUGUCAUUCUGCUUUCUACAGAUUAAAAUAUUUCAAUAAAGAUUUUUUUUUUACGUAUUUUUGUGCUCUGCUCUCAAAUGUAGUAUUUUUGAUCAAACAUGUUAUCAUAUUUGUUGUUUUGACAUUGCAGGCAAAUUAAUAAUGUGGGUUUAAAUCGUGUUUUUUAACUUCGCUUGACUGUAUUGGUGUAGUUUAAUGUUUACAUCAGUUAUCUGCUGCCACAUGGCUCAUCUCCUUAUUUUUACCUUACCUUCCUUUUAUCAUCCCCCUCUUGUCACCCACCCUCCCCGCCUCCCACCCCCUCUCACUCUGUCUUUCCGUAACCCCUCUGUUCCUCUUCUCUCCCGUUUCUGAGAGUCACUUGCCCACCCUAAAUCAGCAAGCUGCCGAGGAUUGUGGGAACCCAUGGAAUCGCCGUGACCAGGGAUGCAGGCAGGGAGCCACGGCAACGCUGGAAUGUGGGGCGUCUGAGGAGAUAAGAGCUGUGAGCCCAGCCAGGGAGAGGCGCGAAGUGGGGGAGGACGCAGAGGCAGAGUGAGGAGGGUGAGACAGAAACAGGGAGAGCAGCAAGUCUGUGAAUGGGGAAACAGAAACACAACGCCAUAAACAGCCAGAGAGCAAGACAGAGUGAGACAGAGAAAGAGGGGCGGGGGACUUAGGGGGGCACACACUGGAGAUGGGAAGCCAGCCUUAUUCCUCUUUGCAUUUCAUUUACAUCCCUGGCCGUAUCGACCAAUCGGAUUGGGAGCAAAGCCCAGGGCUUAGGAGGGGAAUAAAAAGACAAAAUGCCUUUGCUGCUCUCAUCCCUCCCUGAUAAUACCCCUUCUGUUUUUCUUUUCUCCUUUUCUCUCGUCUAUAAGUAGAUACUGUCCGAAAUGCCAGCGGAAAAGCGACACCUCCGCUUGCUGUGUAUCUCAGAUAGACCGAGCGGGAGCAGGGGCUGAAAAGACAGCUUUAGCAACUGGGCCUAUCUCCACUCCUCUCUCUGGCUGGAUGGGAGCUUGGAGUGGAAGGAGGCGGAGGGCUGGGGUGUGUUGGUUAGUGUUUGGGAAGAGAAUAGAGGGUGUGAGAGGCAUGAUAUACUGAGCUGGCCACAGAUUUUGCAAAAUCUUACACUCUGAAAAACUUUGCCUUCAGAUCCCUUUCUUAAGCAUGAGAAACCUGUGUCAAGGAUGUUUACCAGGUGCCACCCAUCCUUGUAAAGGUUGCCAAUGCCUUUUACCAAAGUCUGCACAUAUUUGUUAGCUUAACAUUGCUGUCGCAUGCAAAAAGAAAUGUUUUUUUUUUCCUCCCAAGACUCGUAUGUCUCAUUUCAUACUAUGAUUUAGUCAUGAAAGUGACUUAUUCAAGUACAGUACUGUCCAAGUCCUGAGCAGUUUAUUGAAACAUGCAAGCGUACAUGGGAAUACAGUAUAUGAGGUAAAAACAGAGUUUGUACAUUUCUAACAAGCUUGAAAGUCGAUAUUUAGUAUGACCACUUUUAUUCUUCAUUCUUCUUCUUCGCCUGAAAUCUUGUAGGCAAGCUUUCUUGUAUUUUCUUUAAGUUGUAUUUAGUAAUAUUUCUCUGGAUGUUGUCUGCCUUUUCUUCUGUCAAAAUGAUCCAACACUGCUUUGGUAACAUUGAGGUGCAGGCUCUGGCGAGGCCAGGCUUGCAUUCAUCCCUCCACUACUGAUUUCCAGUCCUGUUCUUGUGUAAGUUGGAAUACCUCGGUUUUUUUCACCCUGUUUCCCUUCCACAAGAAGGAAUUCUUAACAGCCACUGAGACCUUUUCUGAUGAGCCUUUAGUUAGCAGUAGAUGGAUAGACUAAAUUAUUUUUUUUCUUAUUUCUUAAGGACGUGACUUUUGGAUUCUGUUCAUCUGCUAUAGAUAGUUUUGAGUUCUGCCACUUCUUCUGUCCUCUAUUCAUCGAGUUUCCUCCGUUUUUUGUGACACAUUGCACACCAUGCCAAAACAUGCCUAGUUUUCAGCUAAUAGCUCUUUGCGACUCUACUUAUUGGUGCAAAAAUACUAUUUUGUACUUGUCAAACUGUAUUACCUUUGGCAUUUUUCAUGAAUGCAAGAGGUAAAGAUAGAAGACAGUACUGUAUGUAUCAAGUAAACAUGUAUGAGAAAAUGUAAAAAAGCAGAUAAACAGUUAUCACUUUUGUCUGAGUUUAAGGAGGUCCUGAGUUUGGACCCAUGCAGUGCCUCUGUGUGCACUUGACUCUACCACAAAAGUCAUUCUAAAUCUCAAGAGUUUCACUUCCUUCAUGCAAAUGUAUUCAAAAAACAACAUUUGCCUGCAGGUUUGUCUGAAACACCAACUCCUGUGAGCAGACACACUGUAACCUUAAACUUUUUACAGAGGUAGCACUACUGUUAUCUGAGCUAAAUUAACUGCUCUCCUGAAUGUGUAUUGCGUAGAAUUAGGCCCAUUAACAUCAGUCUGUGUUGACAUCAUGAUUGACUUUUCUCAGGUUUCCGUUUGCCAUCACUCUUGAUUUGUGUUUCCACAGUGUGUGGCGGCCAGUGUUUGUAUGUCAGGUGCAGCAUGUGUGCAAGUUUAUUUGUACAGGUGUUUUUAGUGCCCUCCAUUGUGUUACUGUUUGUAUGUUGUAUUUGCAAGUUUCUUUACUGUGUUUAAAAAAACUGACAUUGUCUUCCUGCUCAUGUCUUUGUGUGGUUGCACCUAUACCGUUGUACUGCAGCUGGAUCCUGCACUGCCAAUGCUGCCGACAUUUAAAUAGUGCAUAUUGAAAUUUACUGUUUGAGAGAUGAGUUUAUCUCACUUGGGGUUUGUGGCACAGCUGUUAGAGAAAGAGAGGGUCCGUUACCUGCCUGCACCAAAAACCUGUGAGUGAUCAGGUCACAUUAGGACCCUGUGUGGACCCCCCGGCAGCUUCACAGCAUCCUGGUCCUCUUUAGCCCACACAGCCUCCUCCCAAUAGUAAAUCAAACCAAACAAUAGAGGAAGAUAUCCGAGGGAUUAGAGGUCAGAGGGUUGGGGAAUACAACAUCUCUAUUUCCAGGAUCAAUUUUCAACCGCUUGGUAAUCUCUGCCCCCAGGCUCCACAUACCUCCAGUGGUUUCUCUGGCGGGGAGGUGGCAUUGCCAGGCUGUUGGAGCUGGUACUCCAGCUGGGUGUGCGUGGUUGAUAGGAUAGCGGGGAGGUGAGGUUGUAGGUUGAUGGUGUAGAUGGACAGGAGAGCAGAGGGAUGAGUAACAAUAGGUCCCUCCCCUGUAUCCAAACCUUACCUUAAUCCUCACGGAUAAAAGUGUAAAUGUACGGUGUGUACGA